AUGACUCAACAGCCUCCUGCGCAUUCGCAGGAUGGCUCCUCAACCCAAAGCUCGCUUCAUGGACAGCUUGCUGCGUUUACCCCAACUACGGCUUCACAGCCAUCGAAUGCGGAUGCUUCUGAACAGGAACUAGUUCCUGCUGCGGGCAGUGAUUCGUUCGCCGCUUGGCUGAAUAGGUACCACUCGCGGACUCAUAGGCCCAUGCCGCAGGAGGGAACAGCAAGCCCGACUCCUCGUGUCUACUCACCCGACUACUCUUGUUCGCCUGUGCGAAUCCGGAACCAAUGGCAGCUCUCGCCAUAUUCCCCCAUUGGUGGUGAUGGCCAUUCCCAGACCAACCUCGCCCCAACCCAGGGAGCGACUGGCAAUAUCCAACACACUCCUCCGGCAGCUCUUGACUAUGAAGCCUACGAAGCCAGCCUGGCUCCAGCUUUUGUUUCUAGUUUGUCCCCUAGCUACCCUACCCCCCAAGGCGUCGAGGGCUUGGCGGAUCGACCGCAAGAGGCAGGCGCCGAUAAACCAACUCGAGGCUUUAUCGUGUCAUUGGUCGAUGCCAACACACCCCACGGUCACGUCCUUGAGGUACUCUUUACCAAGGAGUAUUACUCUCUCGAGCUUCUUUGCCUGAAGUAUAUCAAGGAUAAAGAAAUGUUUGCUCUCGCCUUUGCGGAUAUUCGGGAGGCCAUUGAUGCGAGAAACGGGUUAAAGGACAGUCAUCCUGAAUGGCGCAUUGCAUCAGCGACUGCCGAAGAGGUCGCAGGUAUUACUGGAGCGUCAGACUUCAUCGGGGAGUCCCCGCAAGGCGUGUUUCUUCUUUCCGUCCAAGUGCCUCCUCAACGAUUGCCCGACCCAAACACUGAGGAUUUCAUCAAGGGCCUAAUCAAUCACUUUGGCCAGGUGGAGCAAUUCGUGAUGAUUCAGAGGAGCGCCAGGCUGCUAAAGUACCGGGUGCAAUACUACAGCCUCCGUCAUGGAACCUGUGCCUUCACCUGUCUCGAUGGAUUAUUGUAUCAUGAUUUCCGUUUCGAGGUCUCCCCUGAAGUGUCUCCGUCCUUAGCCCCCAGCUUAGGCCAGCAAGGUCCCAUGACGCCUCACCAGGGCAACAGUGGCGAGUUUGAGUUCUCGCCGAAUAUGGGUGGGGGCAAGAUAGAUGGCAAUGAGCGGAUCAUCAGCCUCGCUCGAAUUCGAGAGGGACGGGAUGUUCGCACCACGAUCAUGAUUCAACAUAUUCCGAAAUUCCUUGAUUGCGACCAAGUGAUCGAGGUCUUGAAUCGAACUAGUCGUGGAGCAUACGAUUUCUUGUAUUUGCGUAUGGAUUGGCGAACACGCACCAAUUUUGGAUACGCAUUUGUCAACUUCGUGGACCCAUUGGAUAUCCUUACCCUCUAUGCUGCGAUUGCGGGCAAAAAAUGGCCCGACUGUCAAACUGCGGAGGACCCAGUGAAAAUCAGCUAUGCCAUGGUUCAAGGAAAGGACAAUUUGGUGACCAGGUUCCGCAACAGCAAUGUUAUGACCCGAGCUCCUAAGGAGCGACCCAAACUGUUCCAUACCAGCGGUCCUUUGAAAGGAUUGGAGGCACCCUUUCCUCCGCCAAAUGACGCCAGAAGGCUGCGUCGCUCAGUCACCAGCACCGCUCAGCAAGGUGUCUAUAACAAUGGGUCUCGAAGCCAAACUACACGUUCGUCACAACGCAACCGGAAUCGUUCGAACGUGCAGCGCACAUCGAAUCGUGCUACCCGUUAUCCUGCGGGAGGAUCAUUGCCCAAUGACAUCCCUUCGAGUUCUCCAUCAGCUCGAACAGAGCACGAUCCGCGCCACUCUAGGGGACAAUCAUUGCAGCAGGACUUCCCUUCCGGUUCCUCCUUCACCCGGCAGGAGAAUCAAACCAUGCGCCAAGUCGAGUGGCGAACUCCGCCUACGCCUCAGAAUAACCCUGAAACCCCUUCCUUGGUAUUGCACGGCAACCAAACCAUGCGCGCCUCCGUGGGACAAGACCUGCCUCAGAACAGCCCUUUGGCUUCUCCAUUGGCUCGAAUGGAGCGCGGCCUGCGUCACUCUAGGGGACAAUCAGUGUCCCAAAACGUUGCUCCGGCUUCGCCCUCAGCGGCGGUCGUCGCGCGGUCAGUCCACCACUCCUGGGGACAACACUAUCGCGCCCAACAACCGUCUUCGACCGAAAAUGCUUUUCCCUUUACCUGGGAG